UCCAUGUUGUUACGUCACAACAACUCCCCCAGACAUUUUUAAAGCAAACUGAAGUCUUGAGGUGUUUUGGAACACUUUUACGCAAAGACAUGAGCGUUAACCUCACGGCAGGGGCGAUUGAGGACCUCUUUAACGAGUCUCCGGUCAUAAAUCCAGUUCUGCAGGUUAUGUACAUCCGUGAGUACCCUCCCGGGAAACAAGGACACACCAGGUACCGCCUGAACCUGAGCGACGGCGUGCGCAGUUCUUCCUGCUUCCUGCUGGCGUCACAGUUGAACCACCUGAAGGAAGCGGAGCUGCUGGCGCCUAACUGCGUGUGCAUGCUCAAGAAGACCAUCUCCUCGUAUUUGGGCCACAAGCGGGUUCUGGUGGUGGUGGACAUGGACGUGUUACAGACUGCUGCGGAUGCCGGAGGAAAUAUCGGGAAUCCCACACAGUUAAUCGGUCAAACCACCGGCCAGCAGGAGGCAAACCCGAGCACCUCCAGUUCCGAUGAAAUACCAGGACCCUCUGGAUACGGCACAAGCGGCAGUUGUGAAAACUCCCAGAUGAAGAGUUCUCCAAUGAAGAGCUCUUGGAAAGCUUCUCCCAUGAAGGCAUCUGGGAUGAUGUCCUCCAUGAAGGCAUCUGGGAUGCCGUCCCCCAUGAAGGCAUCGCCUGUGAAGGGUUCUGGGAUAGUGUCCCCCAUGGAGGCAUCGCCUGUGAAGGGUUCUGGGAUGCCGUCCCCCAUGAAGGCAUCGCCUGUGAAGGGUUCUGGGAUGUCGUUCCCCAUGCAGGCGUCGACCUCUUCCAGUCCUUCCCAGAGGCCAACCAAAUUGACCCCAAUAUACCAUCUCAGCCCGUACUUGAGCAAUUGGACCGUCAGAGCCCGAGUGACCAACAAGUCUGAUAUCCGCAAUUGGAGCAACUCGAGAGGGGAGGGGAAGGUCUUCAACUUUGAGGUCCUGGACGAGAGUGGAGAAAUCAGGAUCACGGCCUUCAACAGUGAAGUGGACAAGUUUUUCUCCCUGGUGGAGCAAAACAAGGUCUAUCUGAUCUCCAAAGGCUCGCUGAAGGUGGCCAACAAGCAGUACACGUCGCUGAAGAACGACUACGAGAUCACGCUGGAGGCCAACUCGUGCAUCGUGCCGUGCGAGGACAGCCAGGGCGUGCCCACCGUGCACUGCGACUUUGUGCCCAUCUCGCAGCUGGAGGGCAAAGACCCCGAAGCCAUCAUUGACGUGAUUGGUGUGUGCGAGGAGGCCGAGGACGUGUCCCUGAUCACCACCAAGGCCGGCAAGCAGCUCACCAAGAGGGAGCUCGUGCUGUCCGACUCUAGCGGGAAGAUGGUGAUGCUCACAUUGUGGGGAGACCAGGCUCAGAAGUUUAACGCCUCCUGUCACCCGGUGGUGGCCGUCAAAGGGGCUCGCCUGUCGACCUUCGGCGGCCGUUCGCUGUCUGCGUUCUUCUGCUCCACGGUGAUGGUCAACCCCGACAUCCCCGAGGCCUUUGAGCUGAGAGCCUGGUACAACCAGGUAGGCCACGGCCUGUGCAGUCAGUCCUUGACUGAGGUCCAGUUCACAAGCGGCGAAUUCAGGACCAACUGGAAGUCUCUGAGCGACGUCAAGACGGAACAACUGGGACAUGGCGAGAAGGCGGACUACUUCAGCUGCGUGGCGACGGUGGUGUUCGCCCGCAAGGAGAACUGCCUUUACCGGGCGUGUCCAAGCGAGUCCUGCAACAAGAAGGUUCAGGAGCAGGACGACGGACGCUACCACUGCGACAAAUGUGGCAAGGACUACCCCGACUUUAAGUACCGUUUCAUGCUCUCUGUGAACUUGGCCGACUUCGGGGACAACGUGUGGGCCACGUGCUUCCAGGAUACGGCGGAGACCUUGCUAGGUCUCGGUGCUGACCGACUCGGACGUCUGAAGGACACAGAUGAGGACGCGUUCAAUGAGGUUUUUCAAAAAGUCCACUUCAGCAAGCACAUCUUCAGGAGUAGAGUCAAGCUGGAGACAUACAACGAUGAGUGUCGCGUGAAGGUGACUGUGAUGGAAGUCCUCCCGGUGGACCACCGGCAGCACAGCAGGAGGCUGCUGAACAGCAUCCGCACGUUGGCCUGCGGUAACUGAGGCGCACCUGAGUCUCGGUGGUCCAUACACUUGACAAGAAGGAAAUGAUGCUAAAUACAAAUCAUGUUUUUUUUUGUUUUUUUUUUUAAUCUUAUUUGGAUGACAUUUGCAAGUGGAAUGAGUUUCGUAAUCUUCUGAUGCAAAAGCUCUUUGUGUGCGUGACUCAUUGUGUGUUUGUUGUGCAUGCGUGGGCUGUUUUACAUUUUUAUUCGCAGCCCGCGUGGAAAAAAAAACCCCGCCUUUGUUAAGACAAACGACGGGGAAAAAAGUGAUUUAACGAGUUUGUCUUCACGUUUGGUCGUUUUGUAAUGGGUGACACAUGAUGGACGUGUGUGACAGGAAAUGCAUCUAAAUGUGUUGCAUUCAAUUUGGCACCAUGGACUGGACCACCCACACCGCCUACCGUGUACUUGUACUUGUGUACUUUUUCGUACUUGGAGGCCAGAGAUUCCCAACUUCCCAGUUUCCCGGAAUGCACUUUUUUCCUAGUUGUAGGUGGAAACUUCUCGGUUACUGGGAAUGCAAUUUGAGGUGUUUGAAUGUAAUUUGAUGAGUUUCCUGGAAUGCCCUUGAGUUUGGAAUUUUUUCAUCUGACUGAAAUGUAGUUUUUGUAGUUGGAAAACUUCCACUUUCCCGGAAUGGACUUUUUUUCUGAGUAGAAAUUCUAACGUAAAUUUCCUUGACGUUCUCAAGUUUUCUUGGCUGCACUUUUCCUAGUUGAAGUUCGGAAAGUUUGGACACUUUUCACAUAUUCAUGUAUUUAUUAUUUCUCCUCAGUGUGCAGUUCGAGUUCAACUUCACACUUUGUUGGAAUGCACUCCCAAUUAUUGGGAAUGCUUUUUUUUCGUAAACUGAGGUUGGAAAUGCCAAGUGUCCUUGAAUGUAGCUUGGCACAAGUGUAAAAGAGGGAAGCAGCUGAUGGACAAUUCCUCUGUUAUUUAGAUGAAAAAGUUCUGGAACAGGAGUGGAUUCAUUCCAGUGUCUUCUUUUUUAAAAUCACGUCGCUGAAGCCAAGAGUUACUUAAUGUGUCUUUAUUUAGCUUAGCGGUGUUGCAUAACACCAGUGUGUGCGUUUGUGUGUUUUGGGCAUUGUAAGAGCAGCUGAGCUCUUUAAAGAAGUCUGCAGAAGUAGUGGACAUUUAAAAAUAAUAAUAAUAAUAAUAAUAAUCUGCAACAACAUUGGGGAUAUUUUUGACAAUGCAAAAGUGAGGAGGUUUGAUUGACAGGUGGGCGAGGAUGAGGCGUGAUGGUAACAGGGAGGAGGCGCAAUCACGGAAUGGGAAAAUGAUUGAUGCGUGUUGAGGGAGAGGUGGGGGGAGGAGGUGCGGUUGCCAUGGUGACUACAGUCAAGAGUCAAAAGAUGGAGUGCCGAGAAGAAAUGCAACGUGGAGGAAUUAAGGGGAAGAAGAGGAAAUCUUUUUCUCCAUUGAAAUGAAUGGAAAUGCUUUUAAUGCGUUCCGGCCUCCCCUAAAAACACAACGGAAGGUUUGGGUGAUGCAUUUUUAAAAUAAAAAAGAUCGCUAAUAUGCACGUCAUAAAAACGUAGCAAUGACAACAGCCCGACCAGUAUAGAUUUUUUUUUUUUUUUUUUUUAUAUUGUUUUAGCCAGAUUCCAAUGUUUGGCUGAAUAAAAUUACGAUAACUGAUUCAUUGAUUGAUUAAUUAAAAAAAUAUAUAAUGAAUAAAAUAACUUCAUUUGUGUCCCCAAAACGCUUAGUGAAAAAGAGAUGAAUUAUAGGCAGAACAUUUGACUGUUUUACAAUACUUCAUCCUUGAGUAUUUGUUGAACUUGAAUGGGGUUGAAUGUCAUCUUUGUCCUAUGUCGUAAUGUGUUAAUGUUUUGGUUUUUUAAUUGCCAAUUUGAAAAUGGCUAAUCUGCCGAUUAAUCGGGCGGGGCCCCUAGUAAAGAUAAGCAGUUUUCAAAUAUUUUUGCCUCAAUUCAGUGGACAUUGCGCUUCUUCCUCUGGUGUGAGCCCCUUGGCCACCUGGGGGCAGUGUAAUACAUAUGCACAGAAUACACAUCCAGAUGGACACAAAUUACUCCCCUGUAAGCCACUGUAGUCUUUGUCAUUGUUCGCAGAGGAUGACGAAUACCUGUGACUGUAGUGCCAUUGUUCAUCUACAUAUGUUGCUGCACUGUUUGCGUUGAAAUAUCCACUCCUUGAAGCGUGCCAACGCCGCUACAUACAUUAGAUUCAAUUCAUUAGCCCGUCUAUGGCUAUGCCGUUCUUCGCGUCUUCCGCUCCUUCCUGUGAUGGACAAGCGGCAGGCUUUAAUUGAAAGCCUUAACGAGAACAUGGCCGCCGCCUCCUCCUGAGGACUGCUCCAGUUUCUCAGUCUCUCACGCACGCACGGAGUUAUAAUAAAAAUUCUGAAAGGUAUUCAUCUGGUGAGGGAAUCUUGUUGAAUGUUUUAGUCUAGUGCCAUCGAGCCCGAUAGGAAUAUCCGACCAAAAACGUCUGCCAAGGCACAGCAGUUAUGCGCCUGAAAUUGAACUCUUGAUACUCGUCGUAGCCCCUUUUUUUUAUUUUUAUUUAUUUAUUUAUUUUUUUUUAAUUUUACGAGCACCAUCCUACUCAGCUCCCGCACCUCCUCUUCAUUGUCCUUCCUCCUUCGCUCCCUUCUCCUCUUCGUCCUCCGCCCUCUCCUGUUCCACCCCUCCAUCUCCCGCCACCCUUCUUCUUUCUCCACCUAUUCAUCCUCCACCCCUUUCUCCAACUUGUCCUCUUUCACCACCACCACUUCUCUUCUUCACCGCCACCUCUUCAUUUUCCCCUUCACUGCCUUGUCCUCCUACUUUUCUUCUUCCUCCCACUGGACUGCCGGCCUUCUCAUACUCUACAAAGAAAGUGACUGCAGAACACUAACAUUGCUAAUGCUGACACUCUUUGACCUGACACCCCCCUCACCACUAAUACGCCCUGACAACACCACGUGAGUGUGCGUGCGCCGCAUAUUUGAUAUGACAGCGAAAGUAGGACACCAGAGAGGCCAAAAUACUUCUUUCUCUUCUUUUUUUGCCUAUUAUUGUUUUCUCUCUUUGGCUUAUCAAUGUGCCUCAGCUCAUUUAUUAGCAGGACUCUCUUAUACACACACACACGCACUAAGAGCAGGACGCAGUUGUUUGAGGACACCUGUUUAUUUUUUUAUUUAGAAACUGUGUAUUUGUGUCGUGUAAGGGAGGAGGUGGUGAUGGAGAUAUAUGGUGGGGGUGAUAAUGGAACAUAGAUGGGGGGAUCGUUGAGGAGGAGGAGAAGAUGGUGACAGCAGGUGGUGAAACUGGAGAAGAUAGGAGGCAAGGGUGGAGGAGAAAGGAAGAGACAGGAAAACAGGAGGAGCUAGGAUAUAAUGGUGGAGGACAUGGAAAGGGAGGAGCAAAAGACAGUAACAUGAAGUGAAACGAGAAAAUAGCAAGUGAAGGUGGAUGGGAGGUAUUAAAGGGAAAGGUAAGGAUGGAGGCGGUGGAGGAGAAAGGAAUGUGAGACAGUGAAGAUGGUGACAAUGUGGUCGAACUGGAGAAGAUAGGAGAUAAAGGGGGAGGAGACUGCAGGAUGAUAUGGAAAAGAGCGGUAACGGUGGAGGAGUUGAGUGGAAAAUGAGAGUUGCAGGAGGUGAAGCUGGAGAAGAUUGGCUUUGAAAGCAGAAGACAAAGGAAAAGGUGAAAAUGGAAAAGACAGGUUGGAGGAGAUGUGUUGUGGGGAGCUGAGGAUAGAGAGAGAAAUGAGUGGAGGAGAUGAGAAAAAGGUGGAAGAGCGGUUUAGAAAUUUGCUGUGGGAGACGAUGGAGGAGAAUGAAAGAGUUGGGGGCAGAGGAGAUGACGGGGGGAAUUGAUGCGAAAGGAGGUGAAGAUGGAGAUAAGGAGAGAAUGGAGGUAAAAACAGGACUGGAAGAGUUGAGGUUUGAGGAGAAACAAGAACAGGAUUUCAACUUUUACAACCUCUUCGCAGGACAGAAGAUACAAGUGACAUCGCACACCACCAAGGUGACAUCAUCAGGUAGAGAUACUGGAGGUCGUGGAGGUCGGCAAAGACGCCCGGCGGCAGGCUGAGCAGACCGCAGCGGUACAGGUGCAAGGCGCGGAGUCGGUCCAGACCCCGGAAGGUUUCAGCGCCGACCGCCUUCAGGUGGCGGUUGUCGCCCAGGUCCAGCUCCUCCAGCAGCCGGAAGCCGUGGAAGGCGGACGGCUGAAUGUACGAGAUGUUGUUGGAGUACAGCCACAGCAUGGCGGCGGCCGGCGGGAAGUGUCCGCGCAGGAGCCGGCCGAUCUCGUUGUUCUGCAGGAAGAUGCGCCGGCUGUCGGGCGGGAUGCCCUCGGGCACGGCCUGGAAGUCGUGCGCCUGGCACGACACGGUGCUGGGCGACGUGUAGCAGAUGCAGUGGAGCGGGCACGGCAGCGACGCGUCCAGGCCGCACAGAACCAGCAGCAGCUCCGCACCGCCGCAACCUGAACGGGGACACGGAUGCGUGAGUCGCGCAGCUGAUAAUGAGCCGAGGCGGGUAAAAUGUCAACUAAAAAGCCUGUUGACGUGAUCCGGGAGUAGUGAGUGAGUGAGUGAGAGAGAUGGGGGGGAAAGAUGCCCUGGGCCAUGGUACCCCGCCCCCCAAUUUGCAUUUUUGUGUAUUUGAACGCAUCGAUAACGUGUUUCUAUCUGCGCUUGCGUUUCGUGUCCAUGUGUGCGCUCAGGAGUCGUGUGUAUUUGUUUUUUUGUGCGUUUGUGCACGUGUGCAUUUUCAUGAGAGUUUGUCUUGUGUGUGUCGUACGUGUUGUUUGUAUAUGUCAUGUUUAUUCAUGAACGCGUCAGCAUGCGAUUGUGCAUGGUUCUGUGUGUGUGUGUGUGUGUGUGAAUGAGUGCGUGUCAUGUUGUGUAAUGUUUUCACGUGUGUGUGUGUGUCCUGUCAGUUGUGGUGUUCAUUUGUGUGUGUCCUUCAUGUUGUGUGGGUGUGUUUGUUUGUUCCAAUCCAAGUAGGAGAGUGGAGUCAGGCAGCAUUACUAAUGUACAUCUGUGUGUGCCACACGUGUGUGUGUGUGUGUGUCCUGGUUCAAUUAGCCUCCAUAUGCCAAAAGCCUGCAGCUCCUCGUGUGCAGCUUUGAAGUCGACUCGAUUAAAAAAAAAAAAAAAAAAAAAAAAACACACAUUUGGAAACCCCUACAUGAUAGCGCGCACACAAACCACAAAACAAGUGCUGUGCAUGUAAACACUACAGAUUUCAAAGUUGCACGCAGGAGUCUGGCAUUAUCAUUUGCGGUUUUUUGUUUUUUUUCCUGGCUAACAACACAUGAGACUAAGAGAGCAACGCUCAAAAUGCUCCCAGGACUCAAUAAUAGAUGGCCGGCACACUAAGUUCUUCUUCCUCACUCCUCGUACUUUGCGUCCCGGCUAAAUAUAACACAAGCCUUGCAGACGGGGGGGCCCACACGAUUGGGACAGCGAACGUAGCACAGUCUGGUUUCAGGGUGACUGUGAAUGCAGCACGGCAAUGUUUUCAUGGUGACGGUGAACGUGGCACAGCGUGUGUUUUCAAUGUGGCGGUGAACGCAGCGGAGUGUAUAAUUUCAGUGUGACAGUGAAGGCAGCAGCAGUUUGCAGUGCACUGGAAACAACUGCUGCAUUCAUGAGAUCAGGAUUUUCCCAUACACGAGCUGCUGCCUAGCGUGAACAUUUAUCAUGUGCACGUUUUUUUUUUUUUGUUUUUUUUAUAAAUUGUAUUUUGUAUGAUUUACAGAGACUAAAUAAUUGGCUACUUGCUGCGUGUGGGUGCAGAACGGCUGCUUCUUGAUUGACAGCUGAGCUAAUUCAAUCUGCUCUGCCGAGGUUGGCCUCGUGACCUCAGAAAGGGAGACCCUCAUCCUAGUUUGUGCAAAAUGUCAAUAAAACACAUCCUACUCCCCAAAGAGGCUGAUUAUUUCAUGCAUUCAUGUGUGUCGAUCGCUACAGACGCGUUUUGCUUUGACGUAAAAAUGCUGAUUCGAGCUCGGGCCGGCUAGAAUUUGAAUUAAUUUGAUUGGUUAAAGAAACGGAGGACAGAUUAGAUUGACACGGCAACACAUACGGUCGAAGGUGAAAUCUGAUGGGGUGAAAUAAAAUCCACAUUUACUGGAACCAGUGGAGCCAAUAGAAUAGAAUGGGAGAGUGAAUGCAGCACAUUUGCAGGAUGGAGCAAAACAAACAAAUUUGCCGAUGCGUUCACUGUCAUACUGCAAACUAAUUUUGUGAUGCGUUCAUUGCCACACUGCAAACAAAUUUUGCGAUGUCUUCACUGUCGCACUGCAAGCACAUUUUGUGACGGAUUCACUGUCACACUGCAAACAUUUUGCGAUGCCUUCACUGUCAUAAUGUAAGCAAAUUUUGCAGUGUUCACUGUCAUGCCACAAACAACGCUAGGUGCUGCGUUCACGGUCACAGGCUAAUUUUCAUUUUAUUUUUUGGCUGUGUUCAAUGUCACGAUGUAAAAAAAAAAAAAAACAUGCACCCCGAGUUGCGUUCAC